AUGGUAGUCUAUGCAAAAUUCAUGAAAGAAAUUUUAAUCGGAAAGCAUAAACUGAAAUAUAACGAGAAUAUUGCUUUAGAAGAAGUGAAGAUUGGUCAUACACUUUGUGAUUUAGGGAAGAAUCUCAAUUUGAUGUCUCUAUCUAUGAUGGGGAGGCUGAACUGUGGAGAACCAAAGCCAACUCAGAUGGAUCUUACUUUAGCUUAUCAAUCUAUCACUUAUACAUAUGGAGUUCUUGAAGAUGUUAUUAUGAUGGUAUAUGAUUUAUUGUUCCCAAUCGACUUUGUGAACCUAAAUAUGGUUGAAAAUUUUGAAACACCAUUACUAAUAGGAAGAACUUUCUUAGAAACGGGUAGAGUUUUGAUUAAUGUCAAAAUGGGAGAAAUUAUUUUUAGAUUCAACAAAGAACAUAUUGUUUUUAAUAUUUUUGAAGCCAUGAAACAUCAAAAAGAAAAUCCUCAGUGCUAUAGAGUUUAUGUAGUAGAAGAGAUUAAUCAAAAAGUAGUUGCAAGUGAGUCACCAUCAUCAUUGAUGGGCUGA